AUGUUGGUUUCCUUAGGAAAGCAAGAUCUGCAUUCGGUAACCAUUGUUCUGAAACUUGCUGUACAACAAUUAUUUGGUUUAGACAUUAACAAAGAUGUAAAAAAACUUUCAAGAUCAAAUUCGCAUAGUUUUCCAACUGAAAAAGAAAAAAAUAUUCUGAAACGUUGCGAUACGAGUGUUAUAUCUACCAAUAACCCAUUUAUUGAUAUUUUUGAUUUCGAUAGUGGUGAUGGUGGCAUCAAUGAAAAUUCUCAAAAAUCCUCUUUGGAUGAUACUCCCUCUUCGCUGACAAAACUACAUUCUUCUAAUUCGUUGUCACCUUCUUCUGCAAGUACACAUUCAAAUCUAUCUGUCCCUGGUUCUUUAUAUGACAGUUUGGAUCCUGCGACACUGACAAGACAUCCAAAGCGUACAGAAUCUGCUCCUGAUAUCUCGGAAUUGUUUACUGAAAAUAAAGAUAUAAAUAAUAAUCAAAUUAAUUCCCAUUCUGCUGCGAAAUCUAUGGUAAACUUAAGUACUUUGAGUCAAAAGAAUACAUCGCUUAUAAAUAAGGCUUUUCCGGAUACUCCUCAGCAAUACCUUGAUAAAUUGCGUGAUACUUUAUCGAAAUCUGAAUUAGCAACCUUGCUUGCAAAAAGGCAUGACGUGUUUCAUGAAGCCGUAUUGCGAACGUACAUGGAGACUUUUAAUUUUCGCAACGAUCCCAUCGACAUUGCGUUACGAAAGUUUUUGUUGGAUUGUUACUUGCCGAAGGAGACGCAACAAAUAGAUCGCGUCAUGGAAGCAUUUGCUAAAAGAUACCAUGAGUGUAAUCCAGAUGUGUUUGCUUCCUCAGACGUGGCAUAUGUCUUAGCUUUUGCAAUGUUGAUGUUACAUACUGAUGCCUUUAACAAAAGUGUAAAGCGUAAAAUGACAAAGGAUGAAUUCGUAAAUAAUACAAGGAUCGAUGGCGUGCCAAGAGAAAUCUUUGAGAUUCUUUACGAUAAUAUAACUUUUGCUCGAUUUAUAUAUGCUGAUGAUGAUACGGACGUCAAUGGGCAAACUAUGCUUACAUCUCCAUCAGAAAAUAGGCGAUCUAGAAUAUUUGGUUCUUUAAAGGAUCGCAGAAAAUCUUCAUUUAAAAUUCCAACUGAUUUUACCCCAUUACUCCAAGAUAUUGUCCCGGUUGAAAAUAUUUAUUCGUAUAAGGGAACCCUUCCGGAAUUGGAUACGGUUAGUAUACACCGCGCUUUUGUCACUGCUCAUACUGUUAAAGUUACGGGUGUCAGAACUAGAGGAAAUAGUGAAUCCUUCAGUCCAACGUCAUCUUCAAUACAUCCUUCGGAUGAUGACGAAGAUACUUUUCUUCUAAAAAUUACAAAAGCCGGUAGAUUAGGUCGUAAAACGGAUAUGAUGGAAGGUGGAAAAAAGACCGGGUUUGCACGGAGUUGGAAACAAUUUGGUGUGGUCCUGAGUGGAAGUCAAUUGAUGUUUUUCAAAGAUGAUACAUGGUUCAAUAAUAAUAUACCAAAUCUGAACCAUCCAAUGAAAUCUACCGCGAUUCCAACACUAAAACCCGAUGUAAUUAUAAUGACAGUUGAUUCUGUCGCUGUGUAUGAUAAAAGCUACAAAAAAUAUCCAAAUGUAUUCCGCCUUGCAGAAAGUGAGUCAGAAAUGAAUGAUUGGAUCGUAAAAAUAAAUUAUGCUGCCACUUUCAAAACUAUUGGUUUGAAAAUGAGACAUACUUGGAAUGGUAGUAUGGAAAAAGAUGAAGAAAUGCGAAGAAGGGGAAAGAAAAAUAAUCGGAAAUCAUAUUAUAAUUUUCAACAGGGUCAAGAGGAAAAUAGUUCAAAUGAUGCACAUCGCAGGGCUGAUGUUCUUAGAUCAAAAAUCGAGGAGCUUCAAGGAAAAAUUGCGACGCUCACAUCUCAACUUCAAACAGAUGUUCGAUUUGGCAAUAAUCUUGCCCUCAUGAUACCAUAUAAAGCAACUACUCGAGAUCGGAUCAUCCAAGUUGCUACUGUUGUAGGCAGACGAAUCAAAAAUAUUUGUUUAGAACUCAGUCGACUAGUUUGUUAUCAUGAAAUUAUGGAAAAAGAAUUGUGCUCGACGAUAAUGGGAGAUAAUACUUAUUGGCAAAAGAGAAAGAGCAUGCAUAGAAGUGAUGAAAGUCGUUCUUAUCAGAGACAUUCAAACAUAGGAAGUCAUUUUCAUAAUAUUACAGAAGGAUACAGUAAAGAAAUAAAUAGCAGACCUAUCACCAUGAAUGUAUCACCAAUAUCAUCAUAUACACCAUCAGAACUAUCAACCCAAAGUACUAAUCUGCCUACUACGCCAACCACACUUUACACGUCAGAUUCGACUAUUGGUAGUUCUCUACGAUUGCCAGAAUUUGAAUUUGAAAUUAUUGGAUCUCAGAAUAUAGAUAGCUUUGGUGAUAUGACUAAAUCAGGUUUUAGAGAUGAUACAUCUAGCAUUGAUAUUAUGUAUGAUGAAUCUACCGAGCAAAAUGCAGUGAACAUGAAGGACCAUAACCAAUUUGACUUGGCUGGGAAGCCUAAAGACACAUUUACACAAAUAGAUGCAAAUAUGCAAAUUCCAUCAACGAUUAUAAAUUAUUU